GGAGGUUCAGACACCUCAAUACAAAGAGUUUUAACCGUCCAUCGUACCCACUAAUCCCGCACCAACACCUGCAACAACAACAAAAGGAGGAAGAUUGCUGAGAGGAGGGACUGAAGGGAGAGUGAUGGAGAAGGAAAGGGAGAAGCAAGUUUACUUGGCUAGGCUUGCUGAGCAAGCAGAAAGAUAUGAUGAGAUGGUUGAAGCAAUGAAGAAAGUUGCUAAACUGGAUGUCGAGCUGACAGUUGAGGAAAGGAACUUGGUAUCGGUGGGGUAUAAGAAUGUUAUUGGUGCAAGACGGGCAUCCUGGAGGAUAUUAUCUUCCAUUGAACAGAAAGAGGAGGGCAAGGGACAUGACCAGAAUGUGAAAAGGAUAAAGGGUUACAGACAGGGGGUAGAAGAUGAGCUUAUGAAGAUAUGCAAUGAUAUAUUGGCAGUAAUAGAUGAACAUCUUCUUCCAUCUUCCUCUACAGGAGAAUCAACUGUCUUCUACUAUAAGAUGAAGGGAGAUUAUUACCGUUACUUGGCUGAGUUCAAAGCAGGGGAAAAUCGUAAGGAGGCAGCGGAUCAGUCCCUCAAAGCCUAUGAGGCUGCCACUGCUUCUGCAAACUCAGAUCUUCCACCUACUCAUCCAAUUAGACUUGGCCUAGCGCUGAAUUUCUCUGUAUUUUACUAUGAGAUCUUGAACUCCCCUGAGAGGGCUUGCCACCUUGCAAAACAAGCAUUUGAUGAAGCUAUUGCAGAACUGGAUAGCCUCAAUGAAGAGUCCUAUAAAGACAGCACCCUAAUCAUGCAGCUUCUUAGGGAUAAUCUAACAUUAUGGACCUCAGAUCUUCCAGAAGAGGGAGGCGAGCAUUCCAAAGGUGAUGAGCCCCACGGUGAGAGCUAACUGAUAUAGACGAAUGAUUCUUUGACGAAGUGAACCUCCUGCCCCCGAGAGCUGCUAUCAUGCGAAAGGUCUUAUGGAUGAAAGAUACCUAGGUUAAUGACAAUUGGCUUGUACGUUGUCCAUUUCCAAACCAUUGUUGUUGCUUCUUGAUGUAGAGAUCAUUGUGGUUGUGAUGUGAUUUUUCAAUUAUCCUCACAGUUUUAGUCCCUAUUUCUCUUGUGCUUCUGAAGCAUAUACUUUCAGGGAAGCAAUGAAUUUCGUGUGAUUUUGCACUCUCUUCCGGUAUAAAACUUGUCUUAGCACAGCCUUUCCUAGGCCA